AUGAUAACAAAUCUAACUCAAUCUUAUGCAUUUACUUGGAAUGAAUUAUUUAAUACAGAAGAAAAUGAAUAUGAACCAAAUAGAAUAAUAUCCGAUAUUUAUGUUGUUUUUGAUCUUAAUAAUCCAAAUGAAUAUUAUUGGUUAACAUCAAGUAAUACAUCAAAAAUAAUAAUGCCAGCAUGUGCACAAGAUUUAGUAACAUUCUAUUCACCAUUUCAUCUUUAUGUUUUUGUUCCUUUUUCAAAUCAAUCAAACUGGAUUUUAUUUGGCGAAUUAAAUAAACAACUACCAAUUACACAACAAAGAUUUGCAUCGAUACAAUCUACAACUAGUAGUCAACAAAUUUCAGUUAUUGGAGUUUAUGGAGAAGAAGUUUCAGUUACAAUUGGACACACUAAACGUGCAUUAGAAAAAAUUGAUAUCUAUACUGUGAAAUGUUUAUUUCAAUCAGUCGAAGGUAUAUUCACAAUGUUAAUAACAUGUGAAAUAGAUAACGGAUGUCAAUGUAGUAAUUAA